AAAGUAUUUUGCUUGGUUUAUACAAUAUAUUUGUAUGGUUGUGUACAUGUACACCAUACUGAGGCCUGUAUGUCUGAACAGUCAGGGUUCCCUUUAAAAACACUCAGUAGUGCAGUGUGUAAAAAGCUUUUUUUUAAUUGUGGUGCUGCUUUAUCUGUGCUGACUUAUCAGAUAUCAGAAAAAAUAAAUAUGGUGACACAUUGUGUAUCGAGUCUGUAGGUCAGUUCUGUUCUCUCUUUCUCUCUUCUCUCUCUCCUCUCCUGGUCAGUACUGAUGGUGUGUGUGUGUGUGUGUGUGUGUGUGUCUGUAGGUCAGUCAUGCAGUCCUGCAGUUCUGCUCUCUGUAUCCUGAUCUUACUGAUCUCUACAUUCACUACUGGGUCUGAAUCAGCUGUUCCUUCAGUGAAGGUGAAUCUUCAUGACUCUGCUACUCUGUCCUGCUCUGAGAGAUGUUCUGGUUUGGUCAGAUGGACUGAGUUCAGUGAAUCCACUGAUACUCUGGCUGAGUGUGAUCAGACUUCAUGUAGAUCAGUGAAGGAGGGAUAUCAGAUGAUCCAUGAUCAGUACCUGAAGGGAGAUUUUUCCCUCAUCAUCACUGACGCUGAUUUCACUAAGAGAGGCUGGUACACGUGUCAGUGUGGUGUUAGAGAUCGCUGUGAUGUGAAGCUGCUGAUUCAGCCCUUGAACAGUACAGUUCAGAUAAAACCUGGUGACUCUCUGGUGCUGAGGUUGGACAUAUCAGAUCCAGUGGAGGUGAUUUAUAACAGCACAGGAGCAGCUGGACCAUCCAGUGGUCAGAUCUGUACAGUGGAUGGACCUUCACUACAGUGUAAACCUGAAUACACACAGAGAUCAUCACUUACAUCUGGGCUUGAGCUGAGAGCAGUGACUCCAUCUGAGAGUGGAGUUUAUACUGUAAUGGACAAGAAGAAUGAAGAGGUCAUUCAUAUCUACACAGUGAUAAUCGAAGAUGACCAGCCCUGCAGAGACCAGAGAGCCGCUGUGCUGGUGUGGCUGUCUGUCCUCUCCCUCACUGUGUGUGGGGUAUUAUUGUUGGUGAUUGUGUGGAUGUGGAGAAAAAUUCAGCUGCUCCAGAAGAGAUGUGAAGGCAAUGGAAUCAGUAACCAUAAGCCUGUAAGCCCCACUAAUGAGCAGUAACAGAGGAGAGAUUAUUCCCAGUCUCUGUUUCUCUUUUGUUCGCUCCCUUUUUCUUCGUUGUGUCUGUGGCUACAUAUCCAGUUCUGUCUGAACGAUGUGAAAGGCAGGGUAGUAGCAGCUCUGUUUGGCCUCCCCUUUCUGUUCAAUCCAAAACUGAACGCCUGGUAUAAAGUCUCUGACGCUGUUGUUGCUGCUGUUGCGUUAAAAGACAGAACAGAAUC